UUGUAUUGUAUGUGUGGUUGAUGAGCAAUAGCUAUAGAACGAGUAGCGUUGUCCAAUGGUGAGGAAUUGAACCCUAGAAGUAGUCAAGUAGAAGCGUUGGUGUAUGAAAGAAAUUGGUGAAGAUGACUGCAACUGCAGCUGCAGUGGCCAUGUCUUUGGGGACAGUGUGUAACUGUUGCACUCACCCACUUCCAGUGACCGAAUUAUUUCCGUCUACGUGCAUUCGCAAUCCGAAUCGGAGUAGAAACUAUAAUAGGAGGCUCUUUAAUCAGAAAAGGUUUUGUAUCGAAGCUGCAAAUGCAAAUUCCAAUGCAAAUGCAAAUAGUUCCAGUGAAUCUGAUCCCGAGCUACGAUCAGUGCUUGAACUUGCUACCGAUUCGGAGUUGUAUGAGAUUGAAACAAUCCUUUUUGGCCCCAGCUACUUGAGUCCUUUGCUCAAAUCCAUCCCAUUCAAAAACACAAGUACCCUUGAUGACCUCGACCGUUCAAUGAUUGGAGUUGAUCUUCAACUACGCCAACGAUUUAUAGCGGCUCUAGAGUCCCGAUUCUUCUUCCUUGCCGCUGAUGCCCGCUCUACUUUAAGGGGUUGGAGACCAUCUUAUAGAAAUGUCUUACUUCAGCUAAGGAAAAAAUUGAAUAUUCCUUGCUCAACGCGAUUGUCAACUCACGACCUUGAACUAGAAAUUUUCCUCAACCUCCUGCACUACGACUCACCUGAAGAAUUAGGACACUACCCUGGCUUAUUGGAUGUAAGCAGUGCAUCUGAAGGUCAGGGCAGUCUACAACAUGGACUCAGUCAAUGGAAAGUGCAAUCAAAAUCUGGGAUGGAAGACUUUCGAUCAAUUAUUUUGAAGGGAGGUGGUGUAUUUACGUUGGCAAAGAUAUAUCAAUUGUUAGCAAGGAAAUUAUCUGGGAAAGUCCUUGUAGAAGCUGCUAACUACCAGGUUAAGAAAGAGUUAUUGAAGAAGGGUGGGCAGUUAGCUAUGAUUAAUCUUGAAUCCAGAGCAGCCUUGCUUGCAGCAAAACAGGGUUUCCUUGGUGCUGCAUCAAGAUUUCUUGGCUUUAGAAGCAUGAUCACAUUACUCGGACCUGUGCUUUGGGGAACAUUUUUGGCUGAUCUUGUCAUUCAAAUGCUUGGAACUGAUUAUGCUAGAAUCUUGCGAACAGUUUAUGCUUUGGCUCAGAUUCGGGUCAUCCGCACAUAUAGGCUGUCUUCUGAUGUUUCUGAUGAAUAGUUAAGGAGUUCAUCUCAUGGAUUUAGUAGUUGAGGAUUAUGUUGGAUUUUGAGCCAUUUUGAAGAUUUUGCAGGACUGUCAUGUUUAGGUAAACAAUUUAGAGCAAGACAAGUACCGCUCUUAAAUAUGUACAUAACUAGGUAUUGAUCUUUGUACAUAGUUUUUUGCUACCCAACUACAUCCUUCCUCUGAGAUUUAUUGACUUUUGUUAGAUAAUUGUAGAUGGACUAACAGAUUUUGUUGUGUAUGAUGCCAUAGCUUUUCUACUUGAAUUUGAACUUUAAGUUUAU